GGGCUCAGUUAGUUGUGGUCUCCAGGAUGGUGGGUUUGGACCUGAGGAGUGGACACAGUAAGGUGUUUGUGGAGCUGAACGAGCUGGUGAUCGACAGGAACCAGGAGCUGCAGUGGAGGGAGACGGCUCGUUGGAUCAAGUUUGAGGAGGAGGUGGAGGAGGAGACGGAGCGCUGGGGGAGACCUCACGUCGCCUCCCUGUCCUUCCGCUCCCUGCUGGAGCUCCGAAAAACCAUCUCCCACGGGGCAGUGCUCCUGGAUCUGAAGCAGAGGACUCUGCCAGGAAUCGCUCAGCAGGUGGUGGAGCAGAUGGUGAUCUCAGAUCAGAUCAAAGCUGAAGACCGAGCUAACGUCCUCCGAGCUCUGCUGCUCAAACACAGUCACCCCAGCGAUGAGAAAGAUCACAGCUUGUUCAGCAAGAACAUCUCUGCAGCCAACAUGGCUGCCCUGAUGGACAAACACAAUGGCCAAUCAGAGCCCUCCGUCAUUCAGACCAAUCACAAAGAGGCUGACGGAGAGAAGAACAAGAAAGACGCCCCGCCCAUCGGUCACUCCAGAUCCAAACAUGAAGUGAAGCUGAUGGAGAAGAUUCCCGAGAGAGCCGAGGCCACCGUCGUCCUCGUGGGCAGCGUGGACUUCCUGGAGCAGCCUUCCAUGGCGUUUGUGCGGCUGCAGGAGGCGGUCCUGCUGGAGUCCGUCCUGGAGGUUCCUGUCCCAGUUAGGUUCCUCUUUCUCCUGCUGGGCCCGCCUACAGCCAACAUCGACUACCACCAGAUCGGACGCUCAAUCUCCACGCUGAUGUCAGACAAGCACUUCCACGAGGCGGCAUACCAGGCUGACGACCGCCAGGACCUGCUGACAGCCAUCAACCGGUUUUUGGACUGUAGUAUCGUCAUCCCUCCCUCCGACGUCGGCGGUGAUGAACUGCUCCACUCAGUCGCUCGCUUCCAACGAGAAAUGCUGCGAAAGAGGGAGGAGCAGAGCGGCAAACUGCAGGAGAAACAGCCCAGCAUUCAGCAGGAUGAAGACUCCCUCGUUCCCUCCAAACCAGGUGAAGAGCCUCUGAGGCGCACAGGGCGUCUCUUUGGAGGUCUGAUCAAAGACGUGACUCGGCGCUACCCCCAGUACCUCAGCGACAUCCGAGAUGCUCUGAACCCUCAGUGCAUGGCAGCCAUCAUCUUCAUCUACUUUGCUGCACUGUCGCCUGCCAUCACCUUUGGUGGUCUUCUGGGUGAGAAGACAGAGGGUCUGAUUGGUGUGUCUGAGCUGAUAGUUGCCACAGCGAUGCAGGGCAUAAUAUUCAGUGUGCUAGGCGCUCAGCCUCUGCUGGUGAUCGGAUUCUCUGGACCACUGCUGGUGUUUGAAGAGGCCUUCUACACUUUUUGUAAAGAUAAUGGGGUGGAGUAUCUGACGGGUCGGCUGUGGAUCGGUUUCUGGCUGGUGCUCAUUGUUCUCCUCACCGUGGCCUUCGAGGGAAGCAUCUUGGUUCGCUUUGUCUCCCGUUUUACUCAGGAGAUCUUCUCCUUCCUCAUCUCCCUCAUUUUCAUCUACGAGACCUUCGCCAAACUGAUCAAGAUCUUUCAGGAGCAUCCUCUCCAAAACUGUUACCAUGGAAACAACACAGUGUCUCGACCUCUGUGCAACUUCACUGUAGCUGCUGGGAAUACUGGGAAGGUUAUUGGAGAACCAAACACAGCACUGCUGUCCUUUGUUCUCAUGAUGGGAACGUAUUUCAUCGCUUUCUACCUACGCAAGUUCAAGAACAGCUCCUUCUUCCCCGGCAGGCUCCGUAGGAUCAUUGGAGACUUUGGAGUCCCCAUUGCCAUCCUCAUCAUGGUGCUUGUGGACUACAGUGUGGAGGACACCUACACCCAGAAACUGAGCGUACCCAGCGGAUUCUCAGUGUCCACUCCGGAGAAGCGUGGUUGGUUGAUUUCUCCUCUGGGGUCGGACGGGCAGUUUCCUGUUUGGAUGAUGGCCGCCAGCAUCCUGCCAGCCAUCCUCGUCUUCAUCCUCAUCUUCAUGGAGUCCCAGAUCACAGCGCUGAUUGUCAGUAAGAAGGAGAGGAUGCUGGUGAAGGGAACUGGUUUUCACCUUGACCUCCUCAUCAUCGUGGUGGUGGGUGGAGUCUCAGCGCUGUUUGGUUUGCCCUGGUUAUCAGCUGCCACGGUUCGCUCCGUCACCCAUACCAACGCCCUCACUGUCAUGAGCAAAGCCGUCGCCCCCGGAGACAAGCCCCGCAUCCAGGAGGUCAAGGAGCAGAGGGUGACAGGCUUCCUGGUGGCUGUUUUAGUGGGUCUGUCCAUCGUGAUCGGGGACGUCCUGCGUCAGAUCCCUCUGGCGGUGCUGUUUGGGAUCUUCCUCUACAUGGGUGUGAUGUCACUGAACGGGAUCCAGCUCACUGAGCGACUCAUCCUAUUGCUGAUGCCCCCAAAGUACCACCCCGACCACAACUACGUCCGCAAGGUGCGGACAUUAAGGAUGCACCUGUUCACUGUCGUUCAGCUGACCUGUCUGUCUGUCCUGUGGGUCGUCAUGGCGACGGCGGCAGCGCUGGCGUUUCCCUUCAUGCUGCUGCUGACCAUCCCAGUGAGGAUGCUGCUGCUGCCCCGCCUCUUCAGCCGGAGAGAGCUGCAGAGUUUGGACGCUGAUGAUGCGGAGCCUCACCUGGAGGAGAAGGAGGGGCAGGACGAGUACUCACAGCUGCAGAUGCCUGUGUGA